GAGUUAUAAACAACCGCCGUGUGCAGCUGGUCCAUGAAUCGAAUUGCGAACCGGCAGUUUCCAAGGCAAUCUUCCCUCAUGAAUUUAUUUAAGCCUGGAAAUUCCGUACCCUCGCUCUUACUAUCCCCCAUCGCACCAGGCUCAUCCCACAAGACAACCCCCCCUUCAUCCGCUCCAGAACACAAGUGCUGCAGUCAGACACGUUUCACUCUAAGAGAAAGUCAUCCGAGUACAGCCAGCAGUCGUCAUCAUGAGCCCAGCUCGGACAGACACGGUGGAAACCACCAACUUCCACCAGGUGCUCGAGCACUUCGACGAGAGCGGCAACAUCAUCGACCAGACCCGGACUAGGCUCAGCAUCCAGUGCCCCAUCUGCACGACGAAGAACCUGAGCCUCGUCAACGGCUACUACGACAGCAAAUCCCGAGACACCCACGAGGCCUACACCGUCCUGCCCGGCUGCGGCCACGCGUUCGGGUACGUGUGCCUCUACAACUGGCUCAAGGAGCACAUCAACGUGCGGAACCCGACCUGCCCGACCUGCCGCGAGCCCGUCUUCACGUCCCGGGACCGCCCGCUGAUCUUCCCGAUCUACGGCGACACCUCGCUCGGGGAGCAGCACAAGGAGGUCGUCGACAUCCGGGCGAGCCUGCGCGAGGGCAACGUCAGCCGGCCGGCCAUCAGGGUCCCGCCCACCUCGUCCUACCGCCCCUCCUCGCCCCUCGACUCCCCCUCGAGCCCGGGCCGCGGCUCCCCUUCGUUCGGCCGCGCGUCCCCCGCGCCCUCGUUCAGCGGGGCGUCGUCGCCCGAGCCCUCGUUCGGCGGCCGCGCGUACCCCGCGCCCGGGAGGCGCCAGGGCUGGGCGCCCCCGUUCCCGCCCGGCCCCGCCAGCCCCAUGGGCCGCUUCGUCGAGAUGCAGAGCCGCCGGGGCAUGGGCGCGCCGUGCGGCUGCCCCGAGUGCUCGCGGCCCGGCCCGUACUCCUGCCCCGGCUGCCCGCCGCUGGGGCCGCCGCCGCCGCAGUUCGGCCUCGUGUACGGCCCGCGCGGCCCCGCCGGCGGCAUGCGGUCGCCCUACCCGCCUUUCGGCGCCGGCGGGCCGCCCUCGUCACCCGACGGUAAUAUGAUCCUGGGAUCGUGGGACCCGAAGGAUGACGAGUAG